UCAGGGUGGGUAUGCUGGAUGGGUACGCUGAAAUGGUCACUAGAUGGCCAUAGAAGGGCAGAAUAAAUGUGAUGCGUUUGCUUCACCAGUUCACAACUCUCACACCCGAGCAGACUUCACACAUCAACUCUGAGCAGCUCAGUGCACUGCAUCUUCUCUAGAAUCUACGACAGUCAUCAUGGUUUUCACUGUGUGUAUGAGGGUCCUUCUCGGGAUUAUUCUGCUUUCUUGUAUUCAAAGUGUGGUGAAUGAAAAUGUGGACACUAACACCCUUUCCAGGAUUCAAAUUUUUUUUCAUCGAAGUUAUGGAAGCAGUAGUGGCCAGUAUGCAGUAGCCAUAAAUGUCCCAAAGGAGCAGUGUCAAAGUGGUUUCUAUCCAUCACGACACAACUUUCUGAAGAAUGAUAAAUCAGAAAAAGUUAAACCUUACAUAAAACGUGACAGCAAGGAUGUCUACAGAGGCACUGAACUCAUCGCUGCAGGAGUUCAUAAAGAUGCACAUUCAGAGUAUUUACUGAUGUAUCCUCCAAAGGGUUCUCCUUUGACAUACUUAAUGAAUAAAAAAAAGGAUGGAUGUGUGGUUUUCUACACCUUAAUAUCUCCCUGUAUAGACAGAUGUCUUAAUAAGAAGCAUAAAGAUAAUAUUAUACCAGGUCUUAAUGAAUUAAAGGAAUACCAGGGAAUUAAAGCCUUUGUUUACACAUAUAUCUAUAAUAAAGACCAAAGCAAAGAAAAUCUGCGUGAGGAACUACAGAAGAUUGCUGAUCGUGUGCCACUUUACCGCUGUGACCAACUAGGUUGUAUCCUUUGUGGAGAACCAGGUUCAAAUAAAAAAGAGAUAGACCAAUGUUUAAAUUAACAAUUAGGUCUCACUUACUCACUUGAGUUUCUUGUGUGAGAGAGAUGCUUUAGAUAUCUAAUGUGCUAAUAUACUGCUAAGUCUUUUGAAGUUAUGCUUCAUUUCUCAAUUGGAGUCUUUCAUAUGCUGCCUUUUGCUUUUUCUUUCACAAAGUUGGCCUAUAAUUCUUACACAUGAGUAAAUUCUGACAGGGGAGCGUAAAUGUUCAUUCGAAAUUGCUGUUUUAUGAGUGAUUCUAAUCAUGAAUAGGAACUUGGAGAAUCGGGGAAAAAGGUACCAGUAAAUUAAAGCUUUUGUUUUAAGAAACAUCUGCCAUUAUGACCAUAUGGGUUGGACCACAAUGUUUUUCAAUAAUGUUUUUAUUAAAUGGCUCAUUAGUUUAUGCUUGGGUGACAAUAUUUGUAAUGCUUCCAUAAACACUGCUUGGAAAAAUAAAUGCAUUUGUAUGCACCAUCUGUUUUAUUUAUUUUUAUUUUUACGUAAUGCUUAUGUCAGUGCAUGUUCUUGUUUAUUUUUAAUACAUUUCAAGUUUAAUCCUUUUUAUAUAAAGCUCUUUGAAUUACCAUUGUGAAUGAAAUGUGGUAAUGUGGUAUAAAUGAACUUGCUUUACCUCACUUCAGUGAUUAAACAUGUGACGGUUAUUGAAUGACUUGCACCUCAUAACUUUCAUAAAACAGUUUUUGCCCAGCAUACAUUGGAUUAUGAAAUUAAUUACUUAAUUAUUAAUUAGAAUUCUUACUCUCCAGAGACACUUCUUUAAGGCAUUAUCUUUGAAAACCUGUUCAGUGCCUAAAAAAGUGAUUUCAAUAAUUUGUCCUCUGUAUACUGUCAUAUUAUUUAUUAUAAAUGUGCGUUAUAUUAAUAUUUAUAUAAAUGUGAC